ACUGCAUUGAUCUGUUGGAGUUAGCUCUGGCAACCAUGAAGCAUGGCAGAGAAGGGUACUUCGAACAAAGAGCUUCCACUUGCGGGGGUGGUCCUCUGCUUCACCUCUAUCCUGCCGGAACAACGAACUGAUUUGGCUACUGUGGCAAGUCAGAUGGGAGCAAUUCACAAAUUUGACCUUACCUCGGAUGUUACCCAUUUGAUCGUCGGCGAAAUAAAUACCCCAAAAUACAAGUUUGUGGCACGAGAACGCAGCGAUGUGACUGUCCUCAAGCCGGAAUGGAUUGAAGCUGUACGGCAGUCAUGGAUGCAGGGAGAGGAUACGGACAUUCGAGCACUCGAGGAGCAUCACCGAUUACCGACGUUUGCGGGACUAUCUAUUUGUAUAACGGGGUUUGAAGACAUGGCUUUUCGAAACUACGUUCAGAAUACAGCCGCUGCAAAUGGAGCCGAAUUCAAAAAGGAUCUUACAAAAGGUGUAACACAUCUUGUUGCACUGAACACAGAGGGCCAAAAAUACAAGUUCGCAACCCAGUGGAAUAUCAAGGUCGUUACGGUCAAGUGGUUCAGCGACAGCAUAGAGCGUGGGAUGGUCCUUGAGGAGACCCUUUAUCACCCCCUUCUCCCACAAGAAAAACAAGGUGCUGGAGCAUGGAAUCGAUCAUUACCAGCAGCAAAGGAAAAAGUACCCUUGAAUGACAGUUCGUCAAACCCGCGACCCAGGAAAUUACGCCGAAUCGCAAGCGCCAAGCUGGGUGAUCAGAACGAGGGGAUAUGGGGUGACAUUGUGGGCACCGGAUUCGAAAACACCGACCUGAAAGGAUCUAGAGACAGUCAGCCGAAAAGCAAUGGGCCUGUGCCUUCGCGGAGUGCAUCCGUAAUUCAGGAAGCCAAGUCGUUUGCUAGUGAGACGACUUUUCCAGAUGCCCAGGGAUCUCAUCAGCAGACUCCCGAAAUAGCAAGCAACCGUCAGGAUGGCUUCUUACAAGAUUGCUAUUUCUUCGUCUCUGGAUUCUCUUCAAGGCAGACAAGUGUAUUGCGCCAACAUCUCUCAUUCAAUGGGGCCCAGUUGGUUGAGUCUCUGAGCGAGUUUUCUCGCCCAGACAUCCCGAAAAGAGGCCAUAGUCUCUAUAUCAUCGUUUCUUACAAAACUCCCAAAUCCGAGAUUCCAUCCACCGAGGAUAUGGCAUUUGAAUGCGAAGUAGUGACAGAUAUGUGGCUCGAAAGGUGUCUGGAUGCAAAGACCCUGGUACCUCCGGAGGCCCAUGUUGCAUGUACACCGGUCCCUAAAUUCCCUAUGCCAGAAUUCCACGGAAUGAAAAUCUGCUCUACUGGAUUUUCCAGGAUCGAUCUUCUACAUCUAUCCAAGCUUGUUGGGUUGAUCGGUGCUUCAUAUAAUGAAUAUUUGACCCCAAGUGCAUCCGUCCUACUUUGCAAUGACCCACGUUCUGUGAAUCACGAUAAACUAAGGCAUACAUCCGAAUGGGGCAUCCCAGCAGUAUCUGCUGACUGGCUUUGGGUGUCGAUCCAAACCGGGGAGAAGAAAUCAUUUGAGCCAUAUAUCAUUCGAAAACAGCUGUCACAGAAAGACAAGGGCCUGGAGCUGCGAGCUGGCUCUCGCACCGAAAAGGAACGCAGGCCCGAUAACAGUGACAAGACCAAUAAAGACACGCAGCCUAAUACCAAUAAUGGCCCCGCGGAGAUGAAAGAGAAUAUACCAAACAUACAAAAGACCGGGCACGCUAAAAAGCUCUCUAAGCCUACUGAAAACGAUGAGCAAUUGAAGAAAAAGUCCGAGAUUCCACAAAAAAGACCGGCUUUAUAUCAAUCUGCAUCGCCAUCACCUUCCAAGGACCAAGAUCAGAAUACUGCAGGGUCCUCAAUAAAACGAUCAGAGUCAACCCACUCGACUUCUUCCGCUGCGCCGUCUGCCAUCGACCUUGCCGUAAGCGGCAUCCUAAAGAAUGCACGAACAGCCAACACACGACAAGGAAGUGAUCUGGGAGAAUUGAAUGAUGGCGUGCGAUCCAGGAAACGGAAACCGCUUCUUGGAAGAGCUCCGUCGCACCCGAAUGAGCACAUGGGAUUUUCCCGUGCCAGCUCCAUAGACACAUUGAACGAAGACGGAUGUGGCAGUGCCGUGGAAAGUGACACAGGGACGCGGUCCAACAGCAGAGGAGGGCCGAGUUUCACCUCCCUCAUAAACGGUGGAAGGGUCGAAUUUGAUGAAGAUGCUUCCCUUGGCCGUGUCGACGAAUACCCAGAUAGCCAGGAACCCGCUAUGACGCAACUGAACUAUGAGGAUCCAGACGCUGUUGCAAUGAGAGAAGAGUUCUUGAGUCACGCUGGCAAGCUCGUCAACAAGAAGCCAUCUGCCGAUCAAAAGUUGGUUGUUGGCGAAGUCAAGGAGCUGGAAGACGUAGGCUGGGGAACUGGUCGCAGGACCAGGAAGGCAGCCAAACCUGCCGAAGAUCUUGAAUCGCAAUUUUAAUGUCUAUUUUGUUUUCUGUCUCUUUCGUCCAAUGCAUGGCAUGGAGGAUGGCGUCAUUGACUUUUAGCAUGGUAUACUACUUGCCAGGAGUUAUGGUUCUGUGGCCUGUCUUUUAUUUUUUUUCGGGAAAGCAAUUGAAUAUAGAUCGAUAGAUCAGUACGAUUUGGAAAUGUAUGCUUUUGUAUGCCCCG